UCAUUCUCCUUCUUUCUUCAUCUUCAAAAUUUUAUUUUCCCUGUAUCAUGCUCCUGCAAGAAAUCAGUUUCACUCUCGAUUGAACGUAGUCUGAUUAUUUUUACAUUUGAUCAUACAGCAAGCUCUAUUGUAACGGUCCUUCAUUUUUGAUUCAACGUGUGUGUGUUUGUGUUCUGUUGUUUUUUCUUCAAUUGUUUUCAAGACUCCUUUUAAAGGCUGGAUAUCACGGCUUUUACCUUGUAAAGCUACCAUUGUUAUGAUGACCCUUUCAUUUGCAAGGUUACAACCCCAUUAUUUAUCCAAGUUGACCUUUAAAUGAAAUAGAAAGGGAAAAAGUACAAUUUAAAACAUUUGGAAAAAAUCCAAGGAAUAAACAUCAAAGCGAAUCAACUUGGCAAAGACAUCUCAUGCUUUAACCACAUAAUUUGACCACACGGCUUACCUGUUUGAAUUUUUUUAAAGUGUUUCCAUCAACUUUUCAACCAUAAAUUUCAACUGAUUGAUCAAAUUAUCCGGCCAAAAUUAAAUGAAUCGGUUUAGACAUCUGAAAAUCAGUGAUUUCAUCGAGCAAAAAAACUGUGAUUUAAAGUUUAAUCCACUGUGACUUCACCCUAUCAGGAAAGUGAUUCAUUAGCUGACAAUUUUAUGGAAUAAAUGCCAAUCAAGAUGAAAACCGAUCAAAAAUCUGGUGAUAAAGUUGUUCCUCCUCUGGAAUCCAGCAAUAACAGGAUAACAAACUUGGUCAAAUCAAUCAAUGGAGAUGGUGAUGGUGAAUGGAUAAGCUCUAAAAAAGUGAUUAACCACAAGACUCGUCAGGUUGAGACUCGGAUAAAGCGUCAAAUUAUUAUGGAAGAUGGAAAGGUGAUUGCUGAUAGUGGACCUCAAAUCACUACACGGACUAAAGAAGACAACUGGACAGAAGAAUCGGAAAAUUGUGCCAAAAAAGGUUCUCCCGUUGAUGCCAAAUCAAUCGUUCCAAUGGUUAAAUCAUCUCCAGUGAAAAUUGAAAAGGACCAUGUGGUUUGUGAAAAGAUAGAGACCAAAAAUACAACCCGAGAGGCUAAACAUGAGCGUUUUCAAUAUCACGAUGAAUCAAUCUCAGAGUUAACUGGUUAUGAUAUCCAUCAGAAAGCUUUGGUUUCACCCAAUGAUUUAAUUACCAUCAACUGUGACUUGAUUGAUGUAAAGCAGGACAUUGAAGAAGCCAAUUUUGAAGAUAAAGGCGUAAUUGAUGAUCCACCAAAAGGUAAACUAACCCAUUACUCGAGUAAAAGCCACAAAGUUACGGAUAAAGAGGAGAUAAAGGAAACCUCAAAGCUCGGUGUUGAUGGGGAAAUAAAAACGGAAACUGUGCGUACCCAUCAUCAUGAAGAAGUUGAUGACGACGAAGAACCUGAUGAAGAUGAAGACAGUUCGAAGAAGAGCAAGGAUAUCAAAGAGUUGACUGUUAAUCAACUUCCUGAAAUAUCUAAAGAAACUUCCAAUAGAAUUGAAUAUUCUCAAAAUUAUGAAACUCCAAUCAUUCAACCAAAUAAUGAGGGUAAUCAUCGUGGCCAUGUUGAUAUUAAACCAAUCUAUGAUAUUGGCGGUAGAGCUGAUCAUACCACAAAGUGGUUGGAAAGUCAUUUUGGUUCAUCAGAUACAAGCCAAAACGAUAAAGAAAUAUCUUCAUCAAGUGGAUCAGCAGUUGAUCGUCGAGGUCGUCCCCGCCAACGUAUUAAUCCUGCUAUGAGUCAAUCUUAUGAUGAAGCCUACUACUCAAGAUCCAACACCUAUGGUGAAAACACCAAUCGAAGCCAUUCCAAUUUAUCAAAGCCAAGUACCGAUAAGUUUGAUUGUUUAACAUCUCCGUCACCCUCACCAGUAGCACCCAUUGGGUCACGUAAAUCAACAAAAAAGCUGGCAAACCACGAGAUUGGUUACGACAAAGCAAAUGACUCUGGCAAUUCAAAUGGUACUUGUACAUCCAGUGAAAGUAGCUAUUACAAUGGCGUCGACUAUCAUCACUCCUCUGAAGGGUCACUUUCCCCCUCCGGUCACAGCUAUAACACCAACCAAACCUUUUCAAAGCAUCAACGAUGUCACUGUUUUACCGAUUCACCUGUUAACAAGCGUUUUUCCCAUCAAAGCCAUGACAGUAAACCAGUUUCAAUCAAUUCAAGUCAACAUUUUAUCAAAAGCAAUCAUAAAAAUAAUAACAAUAACAGAAAUCUUAUUAUUCGAGUUAAACAUCGUGUUUCCAAGGAAGAUGCUUCUGUUCAAGCAUCAUUAUCAGAUGAGGAAUAUAAUUAUGAUGAUUUCAAAGAGACUGCUAAACAUGGAAGAAACGCAAUUGUAAUUACUGAUGUCAAUAAAAAUGUUGGUGGCACCAUUGUUCGUCCAAGGCCUAUCAAGACUUAUUAUUUUGGUGAAAAGGUGGAACCGAUUGUUGGCUCUGAUUGUUCCAAUAACCAAAUCGAUUCAAAUAACAACAAUAAUAGUGGUCAUGGUGAUAAAUCAUUUGGAAAGAAAAACUAUUCACAGAUAUUGCCCAUUGAUUGUUCAUUCAAUUCAACCAGUUAUGCUUACCAAGGAGAUCCAGAUGAGAUGAAAAUGCCGUUCAUUGAAAAUGGUAAAUUUCUUACUUCGCCUGAACACAAGCGGAUAAUCAAUGGAUCACUUGAUAGGUUAUUUAAUGGAUCAUCACGGACUGAUUUGUUUCAAACUCGUGAUCGUGGCUCCUUAUCUAAUUGGCGAAGCACAAUUAAUUUAAGAUCAAACGGACUGGCAACAAUUGAUGCACCAUUAACAAGAAGUGGACUAUAUCAAUCAAAAGACGAUUCCUGUAAAAGCUAUCGCGAUUCAGGAUUUAGGGCAAACACGUUUACUCGGAAACAUCAUGGAUCUGUUAAUUGUUUGAAUGAAAGGUUUAAAUAUGACCAAAUUGAUGACAAACUUGAUUCUUUUGGGUUUAAUUCAUCGAAUCGUGGUUUGUCCCCGAUCCAGGAAAGGAAGAGUCUAUUAAAUCUUCGUAAAAUUGACUUGAUAUUGAAAGAUAAAUCAAAUGGAGCAACUCGAUGGCCAGUUUUAAACUCAUCUUCAAACAAAAUUAAAAAUGUAUCAUCUCUGUAUAAUGGAUUUGAUAAUUAUCAUAUACCAAGGGAAGCAAAUAGUUUUAGGAAUCGAUCUACAACUUUAAGCUAUUUUAAAGCUCAUUGAUAAUUUAAAAAUAUCAUUGAUCUUGAAUAAUAAAAUCAAUCUCUGGAUGCUAAUUAACUAAAACAAGACUGCCUACUCUACAUGUCAUUCACAUCAACAAACUAAAAGUGCACUAAUUUUAUCAAUAUGUUAAAUUUAUCUGGAGAUUUGUUGAUUUUCAUAAAUGUUGACUAUUGUAACAAUUUAUUUAAUAAUUUUAUAAUAGAUAAUGACCAUCCAAUUUUGUAAAUUGAUCAUUAAACUAUUUAAAACCAG